GGCACCCCCUGCUCUCGCCAGCCUUUCCCGCUCCUCCGGUGCUCCCGCUCCCACGUCAGCAUGACGUGAUGCCCUUCGCUGGCGGCGGAGCCGUGUCCCUCCUCCCUGGGGGUGGAUCGGCCCUUUUAAAGCCCCGCAACAUGCGGCCCGGCGCUGCUCGCAAAUGUGCGUGCAAGCGGGUGUGUGCGGGGCUGCCCCGGCCCGAAGCGUCGCCAACAUCGCGGCUCAGCAAGCGCCUGUGUCGGGAAGACGGAGUCUCCCCUGCCCUAGGCCUUUUAUGCAGCUGGAUUUUGGUCCUUGUCCUGGCUGCGAGCUGACUGCCACUACCAAAUCCUACACCUUUCAGGUGGAUAAGGAAGAUGACUCUGACCACAUUUUGGCUUUGUCUAUGGUCUGCCUCACAGAUGGUGCCAAGGACGAGUGCAAUGUGGUGGAGGUGGUUGGACGAAACCAUGAGAACCAGGAGAUCGCUGUGCCUGUGGCAAAUCUGAGGUUAUCGUGCCAGCCCUUGCUGAGUCUGGACAACUUCAAACUGCAGCCUCCAGUGACCUUCCGCCUGGCAGCAGGCUCUGGCCCAGUACACCUUGCCGGCUGGCACCAGAUCAUGCACAGGGAAGAUGCUUCCUUUGAGGAGGAUGAUGAUUUGUCUGAGGAAGAGGAAGAGGAGCUUCCUCCUAUCAUGCCAGCCAAGAAGUAGAGGAAGAAGCAGUAACUUCUGUCCAGGCAAGGUACUCACUGGGACUUCUCUCCCUGGACAGCUUUUACCUCGAACACCUCUUGCCAGGACCUCAACGUUUGCUGCUUUAUGUUUAUUUUUUUUUUUUUUUCUGUUGUAAGUUUUCGGGGAGCAGGGGCUGCUCCAAGCACUGUGGUGUCUCCUUUCCCACAGUCCUGGGAGUUUGAUCCCAAAACUGGAUGGAUGCUGCUGGUAUAUCCCCUCUCCCCCAUCCCUCUGCUGAGAGUCAGGGAUGGAGGAGGUGAUCCUUGCCCUGUGCAUUUUUUUGUCCUGGACCUCUGCUCUGUGCACAGCUGGGACAGGCACUUUCACCAAUUCUAGUGUGUUUCGGUUUGUUUUGUUUCUUUAGUCACAAUUUGAUCAUUUUUAUACACAGCUUCUAAGUGUGAAACUGGGGCCCAGGCAGGGUCCUCCACUGCAGUUACAGUGGGGUGGGAGCUCACAGCCUAUCUGUGAUUUGGGAGGAGGUUCUGGGUCACUCUUUGUAAAGAACUUUGUAAAGAAGUUUUUACACUCUGAAUAAAAGUUUCUCAGCCA